AGAAAAUGUUUGCAAAAUUUUACAGACCCCUUGACUAUAUCUGAUGCGCGUUUUAUUGAAAUAUUUUGUCUUUCGAAAUAUUUAUGUAAGAUUUUUAUUUCCGAAAUAACUCCAUAUAUUGUACCAAGAAGUCGAUCAGAUGGAAUUUCGAGGGAAAUACGUGUACUUGUUGGUUUGCGCUUUUUUGCUCAAGGAUGUUAUCAGCGUUCUGUGGGCAAAAGCUUUUUAUUAAAUGUGUUUCAGGCUGUUGUAAGUAGAUGCGUUAAGGAGAUUGCCAAUAUAAUGAAUCUUCAUUUUGUAGUAAAAUACAUAAAAUGGCCCAGAACAUUUUACGAAUUAUGCGCUAUAAAAGAAAAAUUUUAUGAAGAGUUUCGGUUUCCAGGGGGUAAUUGGUGCAAUUGAUUGUACUCAUAUAAAAAUUAAAACCCCUAACUCAGAUAUUGAGCAUGUAUAUGUCUGCAGAAAAGGAGGAUAUUCGCUAAAUGUUCAAGUGGUGUGCGAUUAUAAUCUAAAAAUAUUAGAUUGUAAUGCUCGCUUCGGCGGCACUGCACAUGACGCAUCCAUAGGGAUAGCCAGCGCCUUAAGAGUGCUUCUUAUUCGAAACUACGAAAAUGGGGAUCGAAAUUUCCGGUUAAUAGGAGAUAGCGGUUAUCUCCUCUUGCCGUUUUUGAUGACACCUGCUUGAGGAAAUAAUUUGUCGACGGCACAUAAUAAUUAUAAUGUGCAACAUCAAAAGGCGAAAAAUUGCAUUGAGCGUUGUUUCGGAUUAUUAAAAAGAAGAUUUCGUUACCUUAGCAGCGAAAGAAUUUUAAAUUCAGGUAUAAACCUGAAACACUUGCAUUUCAUUUGCAAUUUGUU